AAAAAAAACACACAACAAAAGGCAUAAGAGUGAAGGCAGAGUAAUACAAAAGUUACACACGAGUUGAUAAUCACCAUGGUUUGUGCUUGUUCAGCGACUGCGAUGGCCGAGAGGGCUUCAGGGUAUUGUGCUUUAUUCCUGGCAGUAUUGCUGGUCCUGAGCUGCUGCGAAUCGGGUGAAAGUGAAUUCGCGAUGAUGGGGCAGAGAAAGGGCAUCAACAACACCAGGCCUUGCGACGAAAUUUACGUGGUUCGGGAGGGGGAGACGCUGCAAACAAUCGCUGAAAGGUGUGGAGAUCCUUACAUUGUGGAAGAGAAUCCACAUAUCCAUGAUCCUGAUGAUGUUUUCCCUGGCUUGGUAAUCAAGAUCACUCCAUACAGAGAUACCUACUAGAUUUUUUUUUCUCGUUCUAUUUGAUUUUCAUAAGGUUUGAGUAUUAGAAUGUACAUGAAUUGAUCUGUCUGUAUUGGGAGGCCUUGUUCUAUGUAAUUUUC